GAGGUUGUACAGUCAUUGUUUUCGUUGUAGCUAUUGGAGAUUUUGUAGUUAAAAAAUAUUGUAAUAUAAAAUAAUUAGUAUAUUAUUUAUACUUAAACAAUAUUAGUGUAUAGACCAUGGAAGAGUUUGCAGACACUAAAGAAGAUGAAAACAAGAAAAUCGUUCACACCUAUCCACUGGUGCAACAGUGUGAUAUGUCAGAAGAAAUGAAAGCUGAAACAGUUGAAGUUAUAAUAACAGCCUGUGAAAAAUUUGGAACAGAUUACUUUGCGGCGGCCAAAACUGUAAAACAAAUGCUCGACAAGAAAUACGGCCCACAAUGGAACGCGGUGGUCGGAGAAGCGUUUGGCAUACAGAUAACGCACCAGACUAAUACGUUGAUGUACAUGUUUUUUGGUGGCAAUCUCGGUAUUUGUGCCUGGAAAAUUUGAUCGCAACAUGAGAUUUAAAGCUGUUCUAAAAACAAUAAUAAUACAAUUGAAUAUUAUUUAAUUAUUAUACAAUUAUAAU